AUGGACGCAAGUGAAGCUCUAAACCUCUACGAUUCCUACUGGUUCGAGAUGGAGAUCCUGAAGAACCGGUCAACGUAUUCUUCCCCGUCGGAUUCCCCGCCGGAGACCCCGACUAUGCCGGAGAUUUCGAAAUUAAGACCCACUCGCGGCGGAGGCCAAUCCGCGAUUCUCAGAUCCAUGAGCGAGGACUUGUACACGAAGCCGAGCUUCAUCAACAACACCCCGGCCUCGCCGGACUCCGUCCUCACUUCUCAGCUCCGCACAAUCCACUCCGGUAAAGAAGCAACCGCCUCCGGUUCCAAUUCACCGCCGAGGGCGAGAAAGCCCACCCCCGCCGGCGGGAGGAGGAGAGCGGCGAAGAAAGGGCCGGCGAGCAAGAGCUUGUCGUCUCUGGAGUUCGAGGAGCUGAAAGGGUUUAUGGAUUUAGGGUUCGUGUUCUCCGAGGAAGACAGGGAGUCGAGCUUGGUCUCGAUUCUCCCCGGGCUACAGAGAUUGGGGAAAAAGGACGGCGGGGAAGCAGUAGAACCCCCUUCGGCGAGGAGGCCGUACUUGUCGGAAGCCUGGGCGGUUCAGGAGAAGGAGAAAAUGAGGAAUCCGGUGAUGAAUUGGCGGGUUCCGGCGCUGGGAUUGGGAAGCGAGAUUGACAUGAAAGACAGCUUGAGAUUGUGGGCGCAUUCUGUUGCGUCUACUGUUAGAUAG